AUGGAUUUGGACGCCCGUAUCAAAGCGUAUCGUUUUGUCGCCUAUGCGGCCGUUACCUUCUCGGUGGUGGCGGUCGUUUCAGUGUUCGUCACCCUGCCCAUGGUUUAUAAUUAUGUUCAUCAUGUGAAACGACAGGUUCACAAUGAAGUGAACUUUUGCAAGGGAUCCGCUAAGGAUAUCUGGACGGAAGUUCACUCACUCAAAGACGUUCCCAUGGCGAACAGGACCGCCCGUCAAGCUUACAGUACCGGAGGAGGAGGCGGAGGCGCCGGAGUAGCAGGAGGUGGCGGCGGAGGUAACGGCGGAGGCGGCGGCGGAGGCGGCGGCGGAGGAGGCGGCGGAGGAUGUGACGGUUGCUGCCAGCCUGGACCACCUGGAGCUGGAGGUACACCUGGAAAACCAGGUAGACCAGGAAAACCAGGAGCACCAGGAACGCCUGGAAAUCCCGGAAAGAGCGCUUCAGCUCCGUGUGAACCAGUUACUCCACCUCCAUGCCAACCUUGUCCCGCUGGACCACCUGGACCUCCAGGACCCGCUGGUCCUGCCGGAGGACCUGGACCCGAUGGAAACCCUGGAACACCUGCCGGACCCUCGGCACCUGGACCCCCAGGACCUGCUGGUGCACCUGGAGCACCUGGAAACGACGGACAACCUGGAGCACCUGGAGCACCUGGACAGCCUGGAGCGUCCGAAAUGGGAGGACCAGGAGAACCGGGACCUGCUGGGCCACCUGGACCAGCUGGUCCAGCUGGAAAUGACGGAGCUCCAGGAUCUGGCGGCGCUGGUGGACCAGGACCUAAGGGACCUCCUGGACCAGCAGGAAAUCCCGGAUCUGAUGGAAAUCCUGGAUCACCAGGACCCCCUGGACAACCUGGAGGUGCUGGAGAGAAGGGUAUCUGCCCGAAAUACUGUGCUAUUGAUGGUGGAGUAUUCUUCGAAGACGGAACACGACGUUAA